AAUNUUAGUUAUAAAGACUUUGUGUUAAACAAAAUUCCAAUAUGCAAAUGGAUAGUUGUUUAUAACUGGAGAAAAAAUUUGCCGGGAGAUGUCAUAAGUGGGCUAACAGUCUCGGUGAUGCAUAUGUCCCAGGGUAUGGCGUAUGCUUUGCUGGGACAUGUGCCCCCUGUAACCGGUAUUUAUAUGGCUUUUGUACCAUUAAUGGUUUACGCCAUUUUCGGAACUUCUAGACAUUGUUCUAUGGGCACUUUUGCUGUCGUAUGUUUAAUGACAGGGUCGAUCGUCGAGAAAUACGCGAACGCGAAAGAAUUACGAAAUGGUACCGUAAUCCCUGAAGGUGAUUUCGGUGAAAACGAAACGUUGUAUACGAAUAUAGAUGUGGCGAUUGCAGUAUCGUUGGCCGUGGCGUUUAUUCAGUUGGGCAUGUUUGUUCUUCAAAUGGGCAUGGUUGCUAAUCUCUUUUCGGAAGCCUUGGUAAGCGGUUUUACCUGUGGGGCAGCCAUGCAUGUGUUCACUUCCCAAUUGAAAGAAUUAUUAGGGGUUCCCAUCAGAAGAAGAUCCGGAAUUUUCAGAAUUAUUUUGGUAUUGAAAGACGUUUUUACUGCGAUUCCUCAGGCCAACGCAAUUGCUGUAACAAUCUCAGUCGUCUGUGUAACAUUCUUGAUGUUAUGUGACAUAUUUUUGAAACCGUAUUUGGCCAAAAAGACAAUAAUACCGUUUCCCGCGGAACUUUCCGUUGUCAUCUUAGGCACUGCAAUGUCUUACAGCUUGGAUCUAAAUCAAAAACGUAAUGUCAAUAUUAUAAAUUACAUACCUCUUGGUAUUCCAGCCCCUAUACUUCCCUCAAUUGAAAUGGUAAAAAGGGUAACCUUAGAAUCGAUAGCUGUGACCAUUGUGUCUUACGCCAUUGCAAUUUCGAUGGUUCUACUUUUAGCCCAAAAGGUUGGCUAUGAGACUGACGCCAAUCAAGAGAUUUUAGCUCUGAGUUUAAGUAAUUUGGCGGGUAGUGUGUUUCAAUGUAUGCCUGUGUCCGCGUCGUUAUCAAGAUCGUUUAUACAGAUGAACACCGGGGGAAGUACGCAGAUGGCGACUUUAGUGUCUUGUUUGGUACUUUGUAUGGUACUUCUUUGGAUUGGGCCACUUUUUGAACCAUUACCACUGGCUAUACUAUCAAGUGUGGUGGUGGUUGCUUUAAGGCGUAUGUUGCUUCAAGUUAGGGACAUCAAAAGAUUUUGGUUAGGGAACAUAUGGGACGGUUUGACCUGGAUCGUGUCAUUUUUUGUCACUGUAAUUGUUGAUGUCUCGAUUGGUUUAGCUGCAGGGAUUACUGUAAACGUUUUGGGCCUUGUGGUCCGCGGUUACAGAGGAAACCAGUAUAUUUUGGGAAAUGUUCCUAAUACGGACCUGUACGAGGACAUUAAAAGACAUAAAAAGUGUGUGGAAUUUGAGGGUUUGAAAAUUUUUCGGUACGCUGGUUGUAUACAAUUUUUAACGAAAUUGAGAUUCAGAAACACCCUGUUUGAGGCCGUUGGGAUCAAUCCCCUAGAGAUUUUGGAUAGGCAACAGAGAAAGAAGAAAGUGGACGACGAAUUAGAAAAUUUCGAUAUUUAUUGCGUUAUUGUGGACAUGUCUUCGGUGCCCUAUGUAGACCCUUCAGGUGUUAUACUUAUUGACUAUUGCAUAAAGGAUUAUAGGAAAAUUGGUAUUGAAGUUCUUUUGGCCUGCUUGACUGGUGCAGUUUUCGAAGAGAUACAAAAGUGUAAAAGAAAUGGUUCAAUUAAAGAAAAUUUCGGAAUUUUCGUUACUAUUCAUGACGCCGUGAUCUAUGCCCAAGCUGUUCUUAAAAAAUAGGUAUUCAUAUUAAAAAUAAUAAUAACAAUAAUAAAAUGCUUUAGUUUUUAUUGAUUAUGUGUUCAGGACUGCUACAAAAAAAUACAGGAUCAAUAUUGAGUCAAAGAAUAUAUUCUGCAAUGUUUUUUUUAGACUAUUUCACCAACAGGUCUAAUAGUUAGUUCUUGUACC